AUCAAGCCCCUAGGCAUGCAGACUGCUUCUACAAACAUUGGUGAAAUAAUGGGUCGCUCUCAGGAGCUCAGUGACUCCAAGCGUGGUCCCGUGAUAGGUGGCCACCUGGGCAAUAAGUCCAUGCGUGACAUUUCCUGGCUACUAAAUAUUCCACGCUCAACUGUUAGUGGGAUUAUAACAAAGUGGAAGCAACUGGGAACAACAGCCACUCAGCCACCAAGUGGUAGGCCAUGUCACAUGACAGGGCACAGAAGUCACCAACUGUCUGCAGAGUCAAUAGCUAAAGACCUCCAAACUUGAGACCUUCAGAUGAGCCCAACAACAGUGCGUAGAGAGCUUCAUGGAAUGGGUUUCCAUGGCCGAGCAGCUGCAUCCAAGCCUUCCGUCACCAAGUGCAAUGCAAAGCGUUGGAUGCCGUGGUGUAAAGCAUGCCGCCACUGGACUCUAGAGCAGUACUUACCUGACUGCAUUGUGCCAAGUGUAAAGUUU